AUGGCUUCCAUAUCAGAGGAGGAUCUCUCCUGUCCUGUCUGCCAGGAGAUCUUCAAAGAUCCUGUUGUCCUGUCCUGCAGCCACAGCUUCUGUAAAGUCUGUCUGAGUAACUGGUGGAGAGGGAAACACAUACGGGAGUGUCCAAUUUGUAAGAAAAGAUCAAAGAAUCGGCCACCUCAUAACUUGGUAUUAAAGAACGUGUGUGAGACCUUUUUAUUGAAGAGAGAUCAGAGAGCUUCAGCAGAGUCAGAACUUCUCUGCAGUCUGCACUUUGAGAAACUGAAACUCUUCUGUCUGAACCAUCAGCAGCCAGUUUGUCUCGUCUGCAGAGAUUCAAAAAUGCACAACAACCACAAAUUCAGACCCAUCGAUGAAGCUGCACAGGAUUAUAAAGAGGAGCUGCAGAAAUCCCUGAAGCCCUUACAGGAGAAACUGAAGAUCUUUGAGCACGUGAAAGGAAACUGUGAUCAAACAGCAGAACACAUUAAGGUCCAGGCCCGACACACAGAGAGGCAGAUUAAGGAGCAGUUUAAGAAGCUUCACCAGUUUCUAGAAGAGGAAGAGGAGGCCAGGAUCUCUGCUCUGAGGGAGGAAGAGGAGCAGAAGAGUCAGGUGAUGGAGGAGAAGAUUGAUGCUCUGAGCAGAGAGAUAGCAGCUCUUUCAGACACAAUCAGAGCCACAGAGGAGGAGCUGAGAGCUGAACACGUCUCAUUCCUGCAGAACUACAAGGCUGCAGUGGAAAGAGUCCAGCAGCGCCCCCUGCUGGAGGAUCCACAGCUGCUCUCAGGAGCUCUGAUAGAUGUGGCCAAACACCUGGGCAACCUGACCUACAACAUCUGGGACAAGAUGAAGGAGAUGGUCUCCUACACUCCUGUGGUUCUGGAUCCAAACACUGCUCAUCCAGAACUCCUCCUGUCUGAAGAUCUGACCAGUCUGAGACGUGGAGAGGAACAGGAGCUUCCUGAAAACCCAGAAAGGUUUGAUACCGUUUGCUCUGUUCUGGGCUCUGAGGGUUUUAAGUCAGGGACUCACAGCUGGGAUGUUGAGGUUGGAGACAGCACAUGCUGGUAUCUGGGUGUGGCAGCAGAGUCUGUCAAGAGGAAAGGGUCACCACGAUCAAAAUUAUGGAGAAUAGGAUUCUGUAAAGGACGCUAUAAAACUUUCCACCCAUCAUCCAAACCAAAGGUUCUCUCAAUACAGAAGAAGCUCCAGAGGAUCAAAGUUCAUCUGGACUGUAAAACAAGAAAACUGUCAUUCUCUGACCCUGAUACUGACACACAUAUAUUCACCUUCACACGCACUUUCACUGGGAAGAUGUUUCCGUACUUCAGCAACAGAGACAAAAUACCAAUUAAGGUUUUGCCAGAGGAGGAGGAGGAGGAGGAGGAGGAGGACGAGGAGGACGAGGAGGACGAGGAGGAGGACGAGGAGGACGAGGAGGAGGAGGGAGAGGAGGAGGAGGACGAGGAGGAGGAGGAG